AUGGACGGCGAUUCGUCCAGAGGGCCACCACAUCCAAGGGAUCGAUUGCCUCCUCGGCAAGUUCCAUCCUAUCGGCCCGUGGCCUCCGCGCGUGACGACGCACUCAGGAUGCGCUCGCACCCCGACCCCGCCCAUAGAUAUCCUCGUUCCGACCUCGAGCCUCCUCCGCCGCUUUAUGCUCGGGUAUCCGCAGCAUGGGCUGACCACGAGCAAUCAUCAGCUCGACGUUCCUAUAGCGUGCACGACGCGCCACCUCCGUCGCAAAGACAAGGCUAUCCCUAUUCGCGUCCGAACGAUUCGCAAGCCUCCCGAUACCCGCCGUCGGACCUGCCUCGUCAGCCUCGUUCUACUCGACCCGACGACUACUACGCCGAGCCACCACCUGCGGAUGGCAGCAUCUUGUCUUCGCGCUAUCCACUUCAUUCAAAUCACUACGAGGAAGAUCUUGCUGCCAUCGAUGGCCGCGUCUCCAGCAUGCCAGCGUCGCGCGACUCUUACCGUCCGACCAGGCCUCUUUCUGGCGAACCGAAGAUGCGCGUUGACGGCUAUCCCGAGCCACCUUACCAGCCCGCUCGGCCGCCUCAAAUGGGUCAUUCGCCUGAUCCGAGGUCAGACGCUGCGCUGACGCACGUGCGUUCACCCGGCCCUGCACACUCCUCCUAUGCUCGCCCAGCGCCUCCUCGAAGUAUCAGCGACUCAUCUCAACCUUAUCCACUCGACCCUGCUGAAGCACCCCUUCACCGCGAUAAGCGAGCAAGGCUCGACCUCUACUCGGAAAGGCCACAGCCACACGGUCCCGAGUCUUUGCUCCGCCCGCCGCUACUCCACUCGUCCUCGUCGCAUCGAUCCAUCGACUCCGCAAUCACUGAUUGGGCAGAGCGCGCUGAUCCACGCGAUCAUCGUGCUCGCGACUUUGUCGACACACCGUAUCAUGCUGACGGAGCAAGCAAGGCAGUACGAAGUGUAGAGUGGGCGGAUGCCGAGAAAGCUCAUUCGAGCCGACGCACCUCGGGCGUCUCGCAUCACACCUUUGAUGCCGGCUUCAGUGCGAGCAGCGAGCAGCAGUCCAUCAACAGUCAGUCGAGCAAGGUCAAGAGACGCAAACGUGCCGUGCUCAGCUGCACUGAAUGCAAGCAGCGCAAGAUCAAGUGCGAUCGAAACGUACCCAACUGCGGAAGUUGCGUCCGACGCGGCGUUGCACAUCUCUGCCGAUGGGGCGACGAACGCGACUAUUUGCCUGCUGCUCCAUCCAGCAACAUCACCCCUUCCAAUGCUGCACUCAUGGCCAGGAUCGCUCAACUCGAGUCUCAAGUUCGCGUAUUGCAGUCCUCGUCGUCUACCUCCCCCACGGCUGCGCUCGACGCCGGCGCCUCAGAACGAAGCUCAGCUCAGCGGGUCGCAUCCAAGUAUGGCGCCUCCGCGUCCUCCAGCGGUCAUUCCUCUCGCUUCAGUGGUCGGUCCAGCAUUCAGUAUCCACCCGACUUCACCAGUCGAGACCGUAACGCUUCUAGCACAAAGGUGAGAAGCGACGGAGUAGCUAGGCCGGAACGUCUCGAUGAGCAUGACGACGACGAUGACGAGGCAGAGAGCGAGCAGAGCGAUGAGAGCGCAGAGUCCGGUGACGAGAAUACGGGCGAUCUCCUGCGUGCGCUUGCUCAGGGAACGUCGCUCAAGAACGAUAGCAGACCGAGUCCGCCUCAACGCGAUCAGCACAUCGCAGGCUUACACGAGCAACAGGCCGAUGGAAUACCGAAAGCCAGCAAGGCUACCACGACCGAGCAUCAUGUUCGCACAACAGACAGCGAUGCCAAGAUCGCUGAUGCUCGAGACGGGCACGACGGGCACGACGUCUUUCGAAGCACGGCAAACUGGCACUUUGCAUCGGCAGCGAUGCCGAACAUCUCUGCCGCGAGUGAUCGGAGAGGCGAGGGGGAAGCUCGUCGACUCGGACUCCUGCAGGUCCUCGACCUGCUGCCCUCGCGUGCCAAAACAGAAGCACUGGUCGAACACUAUCUGCGCGAAGCCGAACCCAUGGUCCAGUCGUUCCACGCGCCAUCGCUAUGGAAAGAGCUCAGCCUGUUCUGGAACGAGCUGGAUCGCAUGCAGAACGCUACCGACACGACUCUGCCUCCGUCGCUGGCUGAACUGCAAUUCGGAGGGCUGCUCCUUGCAAUCUGCGAAUCCGCAUGCGAGUUCAUGACGCCUGCCGAGGUUCUCGAAAGCGAAAUUUGCACGUCGCGCACUUCCAUCAACGCACAGCUUUCGCUUCUCGUGCGAUCUUGUCUGUCACUGCUCGGUAUGGGUCAAUUCGUGCGCCAUCCUACCAUUUGGGGCCUGCAGGCCAUCGUAGUACUUCGCCACUACUGCUUCAAUCGCGAUCACCGCGAUGAGUAUCGAGUGAUUUCCACCAUGGCCAUCAAAGCGUCCGAGUUCAUCGGCUUGCACCAUCUCGGCUCGGCGCUUCGGGACGAGGAGCGCUGGGAGGACGAAGAGCGCGAACGUGCCCGCGCACAGAUAAACCACGAUGGCAAAGAAGCCGGAUCUUCUUCGACGCAUCGAUGGAAGAUGCUCACUUCGACGCAAGUCACCGAUGGCCACGAAACCGACUCUGACGGCGAUGAUCUCGACCCGGAUCGAAACGAGAGGAAGGACAUGAAUGCAAUGUGGCUUCCGCGCGGCGCUAGACGCAAGAAGUUCGACCUGGCUGCCACCAAGCGUUACAAGGACGGCAGCCGCGUGAACCGAGAACACGGUCGCAAAGUGUGGUUUGCUUUUGCCUGCCUCGACUGGCUGUGCGCUGCCCACUUUGAUCGAUGCUAUCAUUGCCACGACGAGAUGUUUACCACACAGAGUCCACAGAACAUCGACGAUGCUGAUUUGACAGAUAGUGAGGAAACCGAAGUCAAGAGUAGCGACGAUAGCGUCCGCCGCCCGCAUCGCGUCAAGAACGGUUUCCUCGACAAGAUUCGUAUCGUCAGCAUGCCGACCACGAACAGCUUCAUCCCGAUUCAGAUAGAAAUUUGCCACACAGUUCGAAGCAUCGCCGACGCUUUGAACCAGGGCGAUGAUUCGUUUGACUCGGUAUUGGCUAUCGAAGCCCGCCUGCGCGAAAUCUUGCGAUCAUUACCACGCUUUUUUAAGCUCGACGGCGAGAGCGAGUACGACCCCGAGAUCCACCGUUUGCACCAGGAGAGGCCAUACCUGUCGUUCCAGCGAGCCAUUAUCCAUGAACACGUGCAUCAUCGCUUGCUCAAGCUGCAUCGUCUCUACAUGAGUCGAGGCUACUGGAACGCCAAGUAUAUCCACUCGACGCGCACGUGCAUAGAAAGCGCUCGUGUCGUCAUGGGUCUCCUGCGUGCGCUCGACAAUGCAGGCUGCCGCGGACAGCGAUAUUGGAUCAUCAAGUUCCACAUCUUCCAUGCUCUGUUGGCGCUGCAGGUGGAUCUCCUGUACUUGGCUCGGCAGCCGGUCAACCGCGAGAUUUUGGCCAAGCGCGCCGAUGUUGUGACGGGGCUCAAGAUGCUGCAUAUGCGGACGGAUGUGGAAGGGCGCAAUCCGGUCCUCGCGUCGUCGCUCAAGGUGAUCAAGGUGCUUCGAGAGGAAGAGCAGGCGCGAAGGGCUACGAACAAGGGAACCUCGGACACGCCGCUUGGCUCGGAAGCUACUACUGGUAGCUCACCUGCUGGAAGCGCAGGCUCGCACAAGAAAGCCAAGGUACGCGAGUGGACGCGCGCAUCCGAAUUGACAGGCGACUUGGCAGAGCAUCUGGAACGCCGAGUCAGCGAGACGUGGUACACGGUGGACGCGACUGAGCUGCGCACGCAGGCCGAAGCUGCGAGCAACCUGGCUGCAGAUGCGCGGUCUCCGGACCGCCAAGCCGUCGCUCGAAGGAUGGCUGCGAUCUCUCGCACGCCGUCGACGCAGGACGGCUCGUCGCUCCACACUGCCGCUGACGCCGGUGCGAGCAGGCGGGCCGCGGCACUGGGCAAGGAUGCAGCGCCGGACGGCGACCUGGCCGAGCUGGGCGAUCGCCAAGCAAGCGAUGUUGAAGGUAGAGAUACCGAGUUGGACGACUACCUCAAGCUGCUCUCGUCGUACCAGAAUCCGGAUGAUGCCCCGGAUGGCGCGCACUUUUUCGACGUGCUCGAUGAUAUGGUGUUCGAGAAUGGCUCCACGAACAAGCCCAGCUUUGGUGGCGCGCUGGCGUCCGAGCUCGUCCCGAAUCUGCCACUGCUGCGAGGUCCGGAGGAUCUGGCGGCUGCAGGACCUGGCUUCGAUGCGUUAUCUGCUGCGUGA